AUGGUUUCCCAAUUCCCACAGCAGUUGGACACGAUGCGCUUCCAAACCCCCACUGGACAGGCGGCGCUCAUCAGGAGGUUGGGUUUGGCAAUGGACCCGCAGCGCUUCCCGCCAGAGUUCUUCCAGCGUGAGGACGAUACCAACGACGCCGAGUUCUUCACCAUGCCCCGCCUGGUCGUGCAUAUCGACGACGGAGCCAUCGUGGCCGUUGGCCGGCUCUUCCAGCAACUGAUCCCGGAGGACGCCGAGGUGCUGGACCUGAUGAGCAGUUGGCGCACCCACUGGCCGGAGGAGCACCCCCGCCGCCGCAUCGUGGGCCUCGGCAUGAACGCCACCGAGAUGGCCGACAACCCUCAGCUCAACGAAUACCUGCUCAAGGACAUCAACGCAGACCCAUCCCUGCCCUUCGAGGACGCAUCCUUCGACGCCGUGGUCAUCACGGUGUCCGUGCAAUAUCUGACCCAGCCGGUGAUCGUUUUCUCUGAAGUCUCCCGUAUCCUCCGGCCCGGCGGCGUGUUCAUCGUCACCUUCUCCAACCGCUGCUUCCCCACCAAGGCCGUCCGCGUCUGGCGCUCCAGCAACGACGAGGACCACGUCGAGCUUGUGUCCUCCUACAUGCAGCACGCCGGCGGUUUCAACGGGGUGCGCGGCGGCAUCGCGAACCCCGAUAUGGCGCCGCCGGGAGACCCGCUGUUCGCGGUGUUUGCCUACAAGGAAACAGACCCAGAGGGCAGGGAGAGGUAG